CAUUUCCUGUUUGUCUGAGUGGAAAUUUAAUUUGGUCAGUCUCCAAGGAAAGUGUUGGAGUUGCCUUCCUUCUUCGUCUGGUUUUGCUUCUGCAGCAGACACUUUUGGCCCAAUCCCGCUCCCAAGAGCCGCUUUUCUGGCUCCUAAUUCAUGAAUUGAAUUCAUUUGGUCGUAGAUCGGAUACCCACCAUUAAAUCUUUUCCCUUAUCCACUCUAUAACAGGAGAAUUUUAGAAGCAUCCAGAAUUGUAAUUAUAAGAGGAUUUCCUCCUGUAGAUCAAGAAUGAAUCAACCUAAAAUGAAGCGUCUAGUAGGUAAAUAUGAGGUCGGGAGGACAAUAGGUGAAGGAACAUUUGCAAAAGUGAAGUUUGCAAGGAAUACUGAGACUGGGGAACCUGUAGCCCUCAAGAUUCUUGACAAGGAGAAAGUUCUUAAGCAUAAAAUGGCUGAACAGAUAAAGCGAGAAAUAGCAACAAUGAAGCUGAUACAACAUCCAAAUGUUGUUCGCUUAUAUGAGGUGAUGGGGAGCAAGACCAAGAUAUUCAUUGUUUUGGAGUUUGUAACUGGUGGAGAACUCUUUGACAAAAUUGUAAACCAUGGACGAAUGCGAGAAGAUGAAGCACGAAGGUAUUUCCAACAGCUUAUAAAUGUUGUUGAUUACUGUCAUAGCAGGGGUGUCUACCAUAGAGAUCUAAAGCCAGAAAACUUGCUGUUGGAUGCUUAUGGAAACCUGAAAGUUUCUGAUUUUGGAUUAAGUGCUUUGUCCCAGCAAGUCAGGGAUGAUGGCCUUCUCCAUACUACUUGUGGAACUCCAAAUUAUGUUGCACCUGAGGUCCUUAAUGAUCGAGGCUAUGAUGGGGCAACUGCAGACUUGUGGUCAUGUGGAGUCAUACUCUUUGUAUUGCUCGCAGGUUACUUGCCUUUUGAUGAUUCUAAUCUUAUGAACCUGUAUAAAAAAAUUUCUGCUGCUGAAUUUACAUGCCCCCCUUGGCUCUCUUUUGGAGCCAUGAAGUUGAUAACUCAAAUCUUGGAUCCAAACCCUAUGACUCGCAUCACUAUACCUCAAAUUUUGGAAGAUGAAUGGUUUAAAAAAGAUUAUAAGCCUCCUGUGUUUGAGGAAAAUGAAAAUACAAAUGUGGAUGAUGUUGAAGCUGUUUUCAAGGAUUCAGAAGAACACCAUGUGACAGAGAAAAAGGAAGAGCAGCCAGCAGCGAUGAAUGCAUUUGAGUUGAUUUCUAUGUCAAAAGGGCUCAAUCUUGGGAACUUGUUUGAUGUAGAGCAGGGAUUUAAGAGGGAGACGAGGUUCACAUCUAAAUGUCCUGCUAACGAGAUAAUCAGCAAGAUUGAAGAAGCUGCAAAACCUCUUGGUUUUGAUGUUCACAAGAAAAACUACAAGAUGAGGCUUGAAAAUGUGAAAGCUGGGAGAAAAGGAAACCUUAAUGUUGCCACUGAGGUAUUUCAAGUGGCACCAUCCCUUCAUAUGGUUGAGGUGCGGAAAGCGAAAGGAGACACUUUGGAAUUCCAUAAGUUCUACAAAAAUCUUUCGACCUGCCUUGAGGAUGUGGUGUGGAAAACCGAGGAGGACAUGCAAGAGACGAGUUAAAGCAGUGCUCAACCUUAAGAAGGCGGCGUUCUUAACUAUUUCCCUGGGUAGUCCCUUGCUCACAACUCUUACUCUAGCUGUUUUCCUUAUUUCUUCUCUAGGGACUUUUUCCUCUCAUCCCAUAGAGAGAGAGAGAGAGAGAGAGAGAGAGCGACAGUCAUGGCUUCACCAAUUGUUUCUGUUAUUGUUGGAAUAGAAUUCUUCAAUUGUGCAGUUUGUAGUAUGUGAAGAUGUGAUCAACCCAGGGGAUUCCUGGCUCUCAGUAUAGGAGGGUAAAAGAAGGCUUGUUUCCAUAUCUUCUUCAUGAACAUAUAUCAUCAAUAAUUUUCUUUUA